AUGACAAAGGCAUAUCUCAUGAAUGGAUUCAUCGAAAAGAUGCAAUCACAAGACCAGGAUUUCCGGUAUAUGGGUCUUAUGGACCUGUCGAAGGAAGUCCGAUCAGACCCCCAGUCAUUUCUCGGCGAAGAGGCCACUGAACUGAAGGUCUUGAAGCAAGUCCUUGCCCUUGUCGAGGACAAGAUCUCCGAGGUGAAGAAUCAGGCCGUAAGAUGUUUGGGUCAGCUCAUCAAGAUCAUCCGCGAGCCACAUAUGGAAUUUGUUGUGGACAAGUUAAUCGAGUUUUCGGGAAGCAAGGAUGAAGAGUUGAGGGACAUCUCGGGUUUGGCGUUGAAGACUAUCACGUCGGAACUUCCACGAGAAGGGACUGUGGCACCAAAGGCGUGCGCGAAGCUCACCCCAAAGUUACUCUCGCAGGCUGCAGUCGUCGACCUCCCUCCUGAGACUCUUAUUGAAACACUCUCCAUUCUUGGCAUCCUCAUCACCAACUUCCCUGGCUACGUUUCUCAACUACCACUCCAACCUCCACCAAUCAAGGUCCUUACCCCACUCCUGUCACAUGGCCGCCCCGCCGUACGGAAACGGGCUAUCGCCACACUCUCUCUAUUUGUUCCAACAAGCUCCUCAGACGUGUUCUCUGAACUUUUGAGUUCGGAGGUGAUGCCGAACCUAGCGGCAUCCGCCAAUGUUGAUAAGCAGAUGACCACAGUUCAGCUCGUAGCGGCCAUCGCUCGCUCGUCUCCACAGCAAAUUGCUCCCUCUUUGCCUGCGAUUGUUCCGGGAAUACUGAAAGCUACACAACGAGAUAAUGACGAGCUUCGAGAGGCAUCCUUGCAGGCUCUUGAGUCUCUGGUCCUGAAAUGCCCUUCAGAGAUUCCGGCAUUCCUGAGCUCGAUUAUCCAGGUCGCUAACCAAUACAUCAAAUAUGAUCCCAACUACACUGGCGGAGAAGACGAUGACGAUGAAGAGAUGGAGGACGAAGACGAUGAAGAUGACGCUGAACUUGACGAAUACUCAGACGAAGAAGACUCUUCUUACAAGAUACGCCGUUCCGCCACCAAGCUGCUCGGUGCUAUCAUUGACACUCGCCCAGAGCUACUUGUAACACUUUACAAGGAGGUCUCCCCGGUGCUCAUCUCCCGAUUUGGUGACCGUGAGGUCACUGUGCGGUUGGAGGUCUGGUCCACGUAUGCCGCUCUCCUACGACAAUCGGCUGUUUUCGCUGGCGGCCAGCAGUCAAAGGACACGGUCGGUGGAAAGCGGAAGCGGACAGAAGACGGCAUGGACGUCGAGGAGACUGCGUAUGGCCUUCUACGAGCUGAAGUUCCCUCCCUCGCGAAAACCCUGCUUGCGCAGUUGAAAUCUCCGAAGACGCCACCUGCCACCCUUCAGGCAGGUUUCGACCUUCUGCGCACCCUUCUCGAUGUCCUUCCAGGAUGCCUUUCUAGCCAAACUCAGCAGAUCAUAACAAUCUCCAAGGGUCUGCUUUCUUCACCACCUACUUCAUCAACCGCGACGUUGCACAUCACAUGCCUGCGAUUUUUGACCGUCUUUUUCUCGACUCAUCCACCUCCAACUUUCAGCUCCGCUUUGCCCACCCUUAUGCCCGUGCUUCUGGAGGCUCUCGGAGAACGACACCCACGCGUUUCCUCGGAGGCAUUCCGUGUCUUUGGAUCUCUGCUCAACACUCUCAAGCCUGUCAAGUCGCAAGACUGGUCCGAGCGGGUGUAUGCCGAGGCGUUGAAACGGCUGAGCAACCAUGACACGGAUGCGGAAGUCCGCGGCUGUGCUGAGAAUGUCAUUGCCGACCUUUGGAUCUGCGCGCCCGAUGUGGUCAGGACAAAGGACAGGAAGGAAUGGGAGUAUAUCUGCCGAACGACCGGAAGAAUGGAGGGUGCUGUAAAAGUUGUGAGCAAGGUGGCGAGCGACGCGGAUAUUGGAGCAGAGUGGGUCAACGGAUGUGUUGAGUGGGCCUUAGCUCUUUUACGGCGAAGUACUAGGGCUGGAAAGGUCGAUGUCUUCGAGUGUUUGGCGACUCUGGUUGGACGUUAUGACACCGCUGUGCCUGCCGAUCUUCCUCCCGUACUGAUUCCUCAAUUGAAACCCUACAUCUCCACCUCCGAUGUCUCCCUGCUUUCACAGGCCCUCACUAUCUUUGCUAUCCUCCUCGACUCUGCCCCUGCCGUGACAUUUCCCGAGAUUGAAAAGGACCUCUUGAAUGAUAUUUACGCCAUUGCGCACUCCCCCCUCCUCUCAGGCGCAGCUUUGGAAUCCCUUCUCGCAUUCUUCGAAGCCUUGGUCAAGGCCGACGGACAGAUUGCAACGCAUGUUGUCCCUUCGUUGGUCAAGUCCGCAGAUAGUGCUCCGAAGAACAAUGUAUCGUUAGCCAAUGUGGCGAAGAGUGUGGCCCAGGUGGUCAAGAGUUUCCAGGGUAUCGCUGCUGGUACUAUUGCGGAGUUCUCAAAGCACAUCAAGAAAUCGUCAAAGGCAACACCUGCAUAUGUUGUUCUCAGCUUGUUCAUUCUUGGAGAGAUCGGGCGCUUUAUCGAUAUGUCUCCCCAGCAUGACGUUUUCGCCAACGCCAUCGAAAAUUUCACCGCAGAGCAGGAGGAUGUGAAAAAUGCUGCUGCCUUUGCUGCAGGAAACAUCGCAACAGGAAAUCUUCACCAUUUCCUCCCCACCAUCCUCGAACUCGUCAACCACAACGACCAAAGGCAACUCCUCGCCUUCCACGCCCUCAAGGAGGUCGUUACGCACACUUCUCAUGGUCAUUUGGAGACCGUAGCGGAUAUGCUGUGGACUCCUCUGUUCGAGAAGUCUGAAACCACCGACGAGAGCACCCGGAAUGUUGCUGCUGCUUGUAUUGGCAAACUUAUCACUACGCACCCGGCAAGGUACUUGCCCCAAGUACAUGCUCGCAUUACUGAUCCGAACCCGGCAACGAGAGCCACAGUUUUGUCCGCCAUUCGGUAUACAUUCGUGGAUUCCUCGUCGGCCUACGAUGAUGUUAUGGCUCCCAGCAUUCUUGACUUCUUAUCCCUGAUGGGUGACGCAGAUUUGAACGUCCGCCGUCUAGCCUUGUCGGCGCUGAAUGCAGCAGCCAAGACAAAGCCUCACCUCAUCCGCGAGCAUCUUGGCACACUCUUGCCGGAGUUAUACAAGGAAACUAUUAUCAAGCCUGAGCUCAUUCGUACCGUCCAGAUGGGUCCCUGGCAGCACAAAGUUGAUGAUGGUCUAGAAGCUCGUAAGACCGCGUACGAAACGCUCUAUACCCUACUCGACACCUGCCUCAACAAGAUUGAUCUCAACGAAUUCCUUGCACACGUCAUUACCGGCCUUCGGGACGACUCCGACGAGAUCAAGGUUAUCAACCACAUGAUGCUCUUCCGUCUCUCGCAGAUCGCGCCCACCGCUGUCGCACAGCACUUGAACGAGGCUACACCCCUCCUCGAAGCCACCAUGAAAGGUUACACCGUCAACAAGGACACAGUCAAGCAGGAUAUUGAGCGGGCGGCGGAAUUGCAGAGGAGCACGCUGAGGGCCGUGGCGGCGUUGAGCAAGAUCAGUGGUGGGGGCGUGAGUCCGAGGUUCGACGCAUUCUUGAUAGAGUUGAGGAAGAGUCAGCAGUGGGGCCAGGAGUUGAACGACUUGGCCGCGAGUGCCUGAAGAGAAGGCGAGUGAGAAGUGUGGUAAUGAACGUUGACAGAAAUGUUGUGAGAUUACGGUGGAGUCAUGUUGUGCAAUACUUGUCCUGCUUCCCUUUUCUUCUUUCUCAACACCGAACUUGUCUUGUUACGCGUUCUGUUGAUACCUUCGUAGAAACAGCAAAAACGGAUAUGUACAUUGAACUGAUGCACGAAAUG